GCAGCAGCGAGUGCGGAGGCGGGAUUCAGAUCCGGACUCGGACCUGUCAGUCUCCUCCUGAGGACUCAUACCUCUGUGAGGGGGUGGUGGAGGAAGGCCGACCCUGUAACUCUCAGCCGUGCUCGGGCAAAGGUCGCCAUCUCUCUCGCAGCCAAUCGCUUCGCUCGGUGGACAGCCGCAAGCGUGAUGACGUAGACAAGCCCCGCAGCGGACCGCAGAGCCCUCAGACAGUGCACGGCGCUUGGGACGAGUGGUCGCCGUGGAGUUUGUGCUCAUCGACCUGUGGCCGAGGUUACAGGUCCCGAACACGAACGUGCACCCCCCCUCAGUUUGGGGGAGAUCCCUGUGACGGACCUGAGAAACAAACCAAAUUCUGCAACAUCGCUGUCUGUCCAGUGGAUGGAGUCUGGAACGAGUGGUCCAGCUGGAGCUCGUGUUCGGCCUCCUGCUCUAACGGGACCAUGCAGAGAAUCAGGGAGUGUAACGGACCCUCGUAUGGAGGCUCGGAGUGCAGAGGAGAGUGGCUGGAGACUGUCGACUGCUUCCUCGGGGAGUGUCCAGUGGAUGGGAAGUGGCAGCAGUGGUCCUCGUGGUCGGGCUGUUCCAAAACCUGCGGAGGAGGUAGCCAGCAGAGAAACAGGAUUUGUUAUGGGCCCUUUUUUGGGGGCCUGGCUUGUCCUGGGGAUCGAGAAGAGGUCCGACGGUGUAAUGAAAAGAGAUGUCCAGAGCCUCAUGAAAUCUGCGGUGAGGACAACUUCUCCAAUGUAGUGUGGAAGAUGACUCCAGCGGGGGACACGGCGGCCGUACGCUGUCCUCCCAACGCCAAUGGCCUUAUCCUUCGCCGCUGCACCCUGGAUGAGGAGGGUAUCGCCUACUGGGAGAAUCCCACUUAUAUGAAAUGUAUUUCUAAUGACUAUCGCAGUAUACAAACCUUGACACGAGAGCACUUAACCAAAGCACAGCGUGGCCUUGUGGGAGAUGGAGUUUCAGAGGUGAUGAACAAACUUCGUGUGACGUCCAGUGACGGGACGAGCUACAGCGGCGAUCUGCUGGCCAUCCUGGAUGUGUUGAAGAACAUGACUGAGAUCUUCAGACGAGCGUACUACAGUCCCAGCGGUGCAGACAUGAGGAACUUUGUGCAGUCAGUCAGCAAUCUGUUGAUGGAAGAGAACCGGGAGAGAUGGGAGGAAGCCCAACUGCUGGGGCCCAACAUCAAAGAGCUGUUCCGUCUGGUCGAGGACUUUGUGGACGUCAUCGGCCUGAGGAUGAAAGACUUUCAAGACAUGUAUGAAGUCACAGAUAACCUAGUUCUGAGCAUCCACAAGCGUCCCGUGUUGGGUCACGCAGACAUCAGCUUCCCCAUGAAGGGCUGGAGAGGUAUGGUGGACUGGGCCCGCAACUCUGAGGACCGAGUCACGAUCCCCAAGAACAUCCUGACGACCGGUAAGCCAGAUGCAGAUGAAUCCUCCACGUUUGUGACCGGCAUCGUUCUGUACAGAAACCUGGGCAGCAUCCUCAACCUGCAGAGAAACAGCACCGUCCUGAACUCCAAAGUGUUGUCAGUGACCAUCAAGCCCACCCCGGCCUCUCUCUCUGCUCCUGUGGUCGUCGAGUUCUCUCACCUCUACAACGGAACCACCAACCAGACCUGUAUAUCGUGGGACGAGAGUGACAGCUCCUCUCUGCUGGGAUCCUGGUCUACCAGGGGCUGCAGAGCCGUGCUAGUCGACUCGUUCAGAACCAAAUGCGUGUGUGACAGACUGUCCACCUUCGCCAUUUUAGCACGGCUAAAUCCCGACAUGAACAUGGAUAAGACACAGCUGCCGUCUGUGACGCUGAUCGUCGGCUGUGGAGUCUCCUCGCUCACUUUGUUACUACUCAUCAUCAUCUACGUAUCUGUCUGGAGGUACAUCCGAUCAGAGCGCUCAGUCAUCCUCAUUAACUUCUGCCUCUCCAUCAUCUCUUCCAACGCCCUUAUUCUCAUAGGACAGACUCAGACACGGAACAAGAUCUUAUGCACGCUGAUCGCUGCGUUCCUGCAUUUUUUCUUCCUGUCGUCGUUCUGUUGGGUGCUAACAGAGGCAUGGCAGUCAUACAUGGCGGUGACAGGCCGCCUCAGGAAUCGUAUCAUACGCAAGCGUUUCUUGUGUCUGGGCUGGGGUCUCCCUGCUCUGGUUGUGGCGAUCUCAGUGGGAUUCACUAAAGCAAAAGGAUAUGGAACACCAAGCUACUGCUGGCUCUCUCUGGAAGGAGGUCUCCUCUAUGCAUUUGUUGGACCUGCUGCAGCUGUUGUCUUGGUUAACAUGGUUAUUGGGAUUCUCGUUUUUAACAAACUGGUGUCCAAAGACGGCAUUACUGAUAUGAAACUAAAGGAGAGGGCGGGUCAGAUGACAGUGCCACUGUACAAUAUGACGCUCAAAUGUGCCAAGUGCGGAGUUAUCUCUUCGGCUGACGUUUCCACCACAGCUACCAGUAACGCCAUGGCAUCACUGUGGAGCUCCUGCGUGGUUCUGCCCCUCCUCGCCCUCACAUGGAUGUCGGCCGUCCUCGCCAUCACAGACCGGCGCUCUGCUCUCUUCCAGAUCCUCUUUGCCGUCUUUGACUCGCUGGAAGGCUUCGUCAUCGUCAUGGUGCACUGCAUCCUACGCAGAGAGGUUCAGGAGGCAGUGAAGUGCCGAGUGGUGGACCGUCAGGAGGACGCUAAUGGAGAUUCAGGAGGAUCUUUCCAGAACGGCCACGCUCAGCUGAUGACUGACUUUGAGAAAGACGUGGAUAUGGCUUGCAGAUCAGGCACCGUGAAGCGCUCAUCUCUCCAGGGGGAAGAGAAGGCCUCAUCUGGGACCCACACCCUUCAAAAGGGUUCCAACUUCAACACAAUGCCGGCCAGCAUGGCCAAGGUUCACCUCCAGAACGUGGCCGACUACACCAGUCACACCCUGACGCUGCGCAGGGAGAAAGGCGCCACAAAAGGAAUCAGCACCGAGCUCCCUGGGGCCAAAUCCAUCUACAUUUGUGAUGGCGAGCUCUUCAAGCAGCUUGAUGGGGAGCUACCACGGGGUAACGGUGAGGGCAGCAGCUCAGAGGGUGCUGGUAAAGGCCCGGGUUACGUCAUUCUACCGGGCAACAACACAGGUACAAUCAAACCAGCCAAGGGGAAGGAAGAACAGUCAGCCAAGUACAACAUCAGCAUCGAGCAGCUGCCACAGACCAGACUAAUCCACCUGGCCAACCCCGUCAGUGGAGAACCAGUGCCAGGAUUCGGGCUGAAGACCCUUCCUGCUGAUCAGAUCAGUGUGUCAUGCUCUGACAGAGACUCACCUGCACACAACCUGCAGAACAUGCCCAGAGACGCCCAGGUGGCCAACAGCGUGAAUGAUGGAGGAGAUUCUGGUAACUCCGGUGUGAUGUCCAAGAGUGAGACUGUCUCCACACUGUCCAUGAGCUCACUGGAGAGACGAAAAUCACGCUAUGCAGAGCUUGACUUUGAGAAGAUAAUGCACACCCGGAAACGCCACCAGGACAUGUUUCAGGACCUGAACAGGAAGAUUCACAGUGCAGACAAGGAUAGAGAGUCUCCACCUGUUGACGCCAAAGCUGCCAAACGAUGGAGCGUGUCCUCUGCCAGCAGCGACAAGACCAACAUGAGUGACAAGCAGGCGACCCCAAGUAAGAGGGCGUGGGAGGGCAUCAGGAAGACCCACUCCCCCCCAUCCUGGGUUAGGAAGGACCUGGAGACGGUGGCGGCGUCCCCUCUGGAGCUGCAGACAGUGGAGUGGGAGAAGAACAGUGCCACCAUCCCUCUGGUGGGACAGGAGAUCAUGGACCUGCAGACAGAGGUGUGACCUGAAAUCUCCCAGAUUCACACCCACAACCUCCUGUUUCAUUUUAUUUUCUCUGGACAAACAAGCAGACACACCACGCACACUGCCCUGCUCUGUACUUCAACCCAACAGCUGGAUGAAGCCCACAGCUACGAGGACGUGAGGAGGGGAAGAUAGUCAAAAUAUCCGAAAAGGAGAGCGGGAUCAUGGCGUCGCUUUCUGUGUUCUUUCUUUUCAUGUUUGGACAAUGUUUUUUGUCGGCUGGUCAUCUUUAUUGUGUCUGAUCUCGGAUACCUUAUGGCCCACACAGGAGAUUCAGCUACUAUAUGUGCAUCAUAUAGUUAAAAACAGCGGUAAUCAUUCCCUGAAUUCAAUGAGUAAAAUGUGAUAAUCAUGAUCAUGUCUUUUUUUUUUCUUUUUUUUUCUUUUUUUUUUUUUUUUUACUGUUAAGAGUAUC